CGAUGAGACACGGGCCAAGUCGGAGCGCGCCAGCCAGCAGCGGCUCUGCCAGGGGCACACGGAUCGCUUCCAUGUCGCGGGUGACUGGUAGCCCUGCCGAGGCUCCCCCGGGCGGGGCCGGGGCUGGGAGGCCGGGAGCAGCUGCCCCGUUGCCGGGUGCCCGCGCGUCCCGCGGAUGCUGGCGGCGGGGGAUGCCGGAGCCGGCCGCGGAAUAACAUGGGGGGCGGCCACUCCCACAGGGCGCCCGUCUUCGACGAGAACGAGGACGUUAACUUUGACCACUUUCAAAUAUUGCGGGCUAUUGGGAAAGGGAGUUUUGGAAAGGUGUGCAUUGUACAGAAGAGAGACACCAAGAAAAUGUAUGCCAUGAAAUACAUGAAUAAACAGAAGUGCAUUGAGAGAGAUGAAGUUCGAAAUGUUUUCCGGGAGCUACAGAUAAUGCAAGGCCUGGAACAUCCCUUCCUAGUUAAUCUGUGGUAUUCCUUUCAAGAUGAAGAAGACAUGUUUAUGGUGGUUGAUCUCUUACUCGGAGGUGACCUGCGUUACCAUUUGCAGCAGAACGUCCACUUUAAUGAAGGAACUGUUAAGCUGUACAUUUGUGAGCUGGCGCUUUCCUUGGAUUAUUUGCAGAGAUACCACAUCAUUCACAGGGACAUCAAACCUGACAACAUACUAUUGGAUGAACAUGGACAUGUUCAUAUCACUGACUUUAACAUAGCAACCAUAGUGAAAGGCUCAGAAAAAGCUUCUUCUAUGGCUGGCACAAAACCCUAUAUGGCUCCAGAAGUGUUCCAGGCUUUUAUGGAUGGAGGUCCAGGAUACUCGUACCCAGUAGACUGGUGGUCACUAGGAAUUACAGCAUAUGAGUUACUGAGGGGUUGGAGGCCCUAUGAAAUUCAUUCAGCCACCCCCAUUGAUGAGAUACUCAACAUGUUCAAGAUAGAAAGAGUUCACUACUCAUCUGCAUGGUGCAAGGGCAUGAUAGCACUACUGAAAAAGCUCCUCACUAAGGACCCAGAGUGCCGUCUUUCAAGCCUUGCAGACAUCCAAAACUCUCCAUACCUAGCUGAUGUCAACUGGGAUGCUGUUCUAGAGAAAACUGUGACUCCAGGCUUUGUUCCUAAUAAAGGAAGACUGAAUUGUGAUCCCACAUUUGAACUUGAAGAAAUGAUUUUAGAGUCCAAGCCUCUCCAUAAAAAGAAAAAGCGACUUGCCAAAAACAAAUCCAAAGAUGGAGCUAAGGAAACCUGCCCACUGAAUGUACACCUGCAGCAGUGCUUGGAAACCGUUAGAAAAGAAUUCAUCAUAUUCAACAGAGAGAAAUUAAGAAGACAGCAGGACCAAGGUGGACAGACUUCCAGCAUUGACAGCAGAGCAUCACUUCAGAGCCACGAGAAACUCCAAGAUGGACGAAACAACAAUUUGCUGGGACACGGCUGCACAAGAGGCUGCAGCAGCUAGUGAGCUACAACCCCAUGGAGCACAUGCUUCCACGCGGGCAGGGGGAGGGAAGGUCCUCUCUGUGCACACC